CCUUAUUAGUUCCGUCUACCUAGCUCGUCGAGCUUUCAUCAUACACAGUAAGGAUUUCACUACCUAGGUUGCUUGACGUCUCUGGGUGGCAAACCCUAGUGUGACGUGCAUAUUGGCGGGAAAAGCGUUGGGGAAGCUCGUCCCUGUACAAAACGAUUGCACGACCAACACGCCAUUCUUCUCCUUGGAAACGCUUCUACGCUUGACAAUACCGUCUUGGAUCAGCCCAGAAGUCGCAACCAUGGCGUCGAAUUCAGUAAUACUGUCGCUGCCCAAGUCGUCGCUAUUCCGCUUCCCGCCCAACCCCAACUCGGGAUUUAUACCGCCACCGCCUACCGGCAGCACGCCGUUCGCCCCGCCAAUCGACAUACCAGACAGCAUCUACCACGCCGUGCUCGAUCCGCGAGUGCCCAUCACCAUCGCCGCUGUCUAUGCGGUUACCGCCAAGGCGCUCAAUGCCUACAACAAGUCCACCGGGAAGAGGCCCUGGGCCAUCAGCAAAACACUCGCCUUCCGGUGGUUCGUGAUCGCACACAAUGUGUUCCUCGCCGUCUAUUCGGCAUGGACCUGGUGGGGGAUGCUCGGGACCAUGCGUCGGAGCGUGGCCAGCCCUCUGGGACCCGAAGGCGUCUCGGGCUUCAUCGAUUCGAUGUGCCAGAUAAACGGGAACGCCGGGCUAGGAAACGCCGCCUUCUUCAACGAGCAGACCAACUCGUGGCAGACGUACUCGCCUGAGACGGUGCUGGAUGAGAACGGCAUGCCGAGCAGGUUCACCGCUGGGCGCAUCUGGAACGAGGGUCUCGCGUUCUACGGCUGGUUGUUCUACCUGAGCAAGUUCUACGAGGUUUUCGACACCCUCAUCAUCCUCGCCAAGGGCAAGUUCAGCUCGACACUCCAGACCUACCACCAUGCCGGGGCCAUGAUGUGCAUGUGGGCGGGUAUGCGGUACAUGUCCGUGCCGAUUUGGAUCUUCGUGUUCUUUAAUUCAUUCAUACACGCUAUCAUGUACACAUACUACACCGUGACGGCAUUCAACAUCCGCGUACCCCUGUUCAUCAAGCGCACCUUGACGUCGAUGCAGAUUACGCAGUUCGUCGUGGGUGCGUCAUGUGCCAUGGUGCACUCGUUCAUCAGCUACAGCAUUCCGGUCAUCACGGCCUCCCAGACCGAUGCCCCCGCGUCUGCGGCUUCCGCUCUCGCCAACGGCUCCGUGGUCGCCGCCACCGCCGGCGUGCUUGACAGUGUUAAGGGCACCUACGCACGCCAAGCCAUGCCCUGCAUCACCUCGAGCGGCGAAACCUUUGCCAUCUGGCUCAACGUCUUUUACCUCGCCCCUCUGACCUACCUCUUCGCCAAAUUCUUCGUCGAGAGCUACCUGCGCCGUAGCAACGCCGGUCAAUCCAACCCGACUCGCCCAAGCGCCGGAGUGGCAGCCCGCCGCCUAAGCCACAACGUCCAGCUUGCCGAGAAGGCUGGCUGGGAAGCUGCCAGGAACGUGGAGCGUGAGGUGUAUGGCCAGGGUAACGAAGAGGCGGUCGUUACCGAGGAGACGAAGAAGGCGAACGGAGAUGCGGGUUCCAUCGGCCGAGUGUUGCGGAGUAGGAAGUAAGGGUCUGACGGCCGCCCAAUGUCCAACAAGGGGGCAAACAACUGCCGGAGGACGAGACGGGCUACGCGGCCACAGCCAACCUCCCGAUGCCAAAAAUUCCUUGGUUGGUAAUCGGGAACUGGCAACCGACAGGGAUACUGCGAACCGACAACGGAAUUACAGCUGCUUCCCUGUCCGUUCAACCGAUCUAACGGUGGCCACGAGAUAC